GUUAGAAGAGGAGAGGAGAGGAGAGGACCAACAACAACAACAUUGUAUUCUUCUUCUUCAUUGAGUUAAAAUCAGCCAGCCAUUGGAGAAUCCAGAAUUUGAAGUUCCGUUUUGAUUAUCCGGCGAACAGAGUUUGAGAGCAAUUUUUUUUUGUAUCGAAGACGGAUAUAAUUAAGAAGGGGAUUUAGUUGAUUUUUUUGUGUAGAGUGGGAGAAGAAGAAGAAAAAAAAACCCUAGCUAAUGGAUGUGAUCAGAUGCUACUAGUAAGUAAGUAAGAGGAAGAGCGAAGAUGAUGAACACUUCGAAUGGGAUGAUCUCCGGGCCUUCUUCUUCGUCAGCUUCGGCGGCGGCGAAUCCUCCUCAGUCUCCCGGAAUCAAGACCUAUUUCAAGACCCCUGAAGGCAAGUACAAGCUCCACUACGAGAAGACGCAUCCCUCUGGGCUUCUUCACUACACUCAUGGCAAAACCGUCACUCAGGUUACUUUUGCUCACCUUAAGGACAAACCUGCUCCAUCCACCCCAACUGGUACUUCGUCAAAUGUCACUGCUAGUAGCGGUUUCCGGUCAGCAACGGCAAGGUUACUAGGUGGUGGGAAUGGUAACCGUGCCCUUAGUUUUGUUGGAGGUAAUGGAGGGACCAAAAACGUGGGUGCAAGUUCGAGAAUCGGUGCCUCAUUCGCUGCCUCUAGUUCUGGUACCUCGGCUACUAAUACAAAUUUCGAUGGGAAAGGAACUUACAUUGUCUUCAAUGUCGGUGAUGCUAUUUUUAUUAGUGACUUGAACUCGCAAGACAAGGAUCCUGUAAAGUCUAUUCAUAUCAGCAAUUCGAACCCUAUGUGUCAUGCGUUUGAUCCAGAUGCUAAGGAUGGACAUGAUCUACUUAUUGGGCUGAAUUCUGGGGAUGUCUACACCGUAUCACUAAGACAGCAGUUACAGGAUGUCAGUAAGAAGCUUGUUAAUGCUCAGCAUUAUAACAAAGAUGGUUCUGUAAAUAACAGUCGCUGUACUAGUAUUGCUUGGGUACCUGGAAGUGAUGGAUCAUUUAUUGUUGCUCAUGCCGAUGGAAAUUUGUACGUGUAUGAAAAGAAUAAAGAUGGUGCAACUGAAUCUUCAUUUUCUGCUAUAAGAGAUCCGACACAGUUUUCAGUUGACAAAGCAAAAUAUAGCAAGAGUAAUCCAGUAGCGAGAUGGCAUAUUGGUCAAGGUGCUAUUAACUGCAUUGCAUUUUCAAAUGAUGGAGCAUACUUGGCAACUGUUGGAAGAGAUGGUUAUCUUCGAAUUUUUGAUUUCUCAACCCAAAAGUUAGUGUGUGGUGUAAAAAGUUAUUAUGGUGCUCUACUGUGUUGUGCUUGGAGUAUGGAUGGAAAGUACCUUUUGACUGGAGGUGAAGAUGACUUGGUUCAAGUCUGGAGUAUGGAAGAUCGAAAGGUUGUAGCGUGGGGUGAGGGACACAAUUCGUGGGUAAGUGGAGUGGCUUUUGAUUCUCAUUGGUCGUCACCAAAUUCAGACGGUUCUGGCGAGAAUGUCAUGUAUCGGUUUGGUUCAGUUGGUCAGGACACACGGUUACUGCUAUGGGACCUUGAAAUGGAUGAGAUUGUAGUUCCGCUUCGGAAACCUCCAGGAGGAUCACCCACUUACAGCACGGGGAGUCAGUCCGCUCACUGGGACAACAUCGUACCAAUGGGCACACUUCAGCCAGCGCCAUGCAUGCGCGAUGUCCCAAAGCUUUCACCAGUCAUGGCUCACCGUGUUCACAUGGAGCCCCUCUCGGGCUUGAUCUUCACCCAAGAAUCAUUGAUAACAGCUUGUAGAGAAGGCCAUUUAAAGAUCUGGACACGACCAGACAACCAGUCCAGCAGUAACACAGAAACAUCAAAUCCAACCACAAGCAAACCCUCGCUGACCAGCAAGGUCGGUGGUUCUAGUUAAAUCAGACACCAUUCGAUCAUGUUGUUUCAGGUCCUGGUUUCGAAAGGAAGCCAUGCGAAUAUCUCUCCUGGGUCUGAAUCUGACUCCAUUAAUGUAUGUGAGAGGCUGAGACAUAUCUGGGGACUGCUGGGGAGUGGAGACUACUAAAGAGACAAAGAGAGUUUUCGGAUGUAAUUAGAAGAAAACAUUUAUUUUGGAUUUAGGGCUUAUAUCCAACAAAUACUAACCAAAAAACAAUAAUUCAAGAUUGGUGCUUCGGAAGAAGACGCUAAGUGUUUUUACUGCACUGCAGUGAUUUUUAAAAUUUUCCUAUAAUUGUUUCUAGUUUUUCUAAACAAUGUUUUUUUUAUCUUGAUUCUUGAGGUACAUUUGGAUUUUUGGAUAAUCUACACUGGAUUGUUUAUUAAUGUGUAAUCUUUCCAAACUUGUGCCCA